UUUAUAUUUUACCACCUUCAAGAAAUGCGUUCUACAACUUGUCCCCUUCAAACUGGUCCUUCUAAGCUUCACCGCAAUGUCCACUCUUGAGAAGGUUGUACAAGAAAAAGUGAAUCAUGGGAAGAAAGCCAGAUUGGAAAUAUUGGUAUCCCUUUUUCAUUUCCGCCGCCUCAUUGCCAACAUCACGGAAAAUUUCAGUAAAAUCCUGUCACUUCAUUUGACCCUCGGGAUGCUGGACACUUUCCACUUGUUCUCCACUUACGGGGACAAGUGUGGCCCAUCGGACUACAUCGAUGCGUCAUUUAAUUGUGCAGUCUUUUUGAUUACCGUGAUCGCAUGGAUGAAGAUGCAUGGCAAGUGGAUUUGUAUGGAAGCGAAGCUGCUGAGUUACGAAUCUUUAGAAAUUCUGGGCCUUGGUGAGGGCACAUUUCCUGAAAAAUGUGGACACGAAACUUUUCGAGAAGAACUGUACUCCAUGGAUAUGAAACACUACUUCACGUCAAUGAUGCCAAUUACGGGAAUGAUGGUGAUAAGUGUCCUCUUCUUAACGGUGGGUCCUCGUUUAUUCUAUUUGUAGACAAUUGGAGGAAAUUUCUAGCCCGGGAUGGAAGGCUUUUUGCUGUCUUUAGACCCGGCCAUAAGUAGAAUACUUAUUUGUUGUAAUUCAAUUUAUAAAUAUGUACAUACAUACUUGUGCAUUAUUUUAAUGUGGCAUGAUGAUGAAAUGGUUUGAAUGAUUUGCGAAUUGUAAUUGUAUUAUGAUUAUUAAUGAAUAUUGAGGAGGCAUGUUGGGACUUUGUGAACGUUUGUCAUCUCUCGUCUUAUCUAAUGUGACCGACUCACCUUAGCGUCAGGGUACUACUCAUUCAUUGGGAGGACCUUGACCUGAGGAGUGAGUACUUUUAAGUUUAUGAAAAAGUUGUAGUCCGUUAAGUAUGUAGACUCGGUGGAAGGAGUUUACUCUUUCUAAAAUUAUGUAUUGCAUCUUCCUGUCUUUAAGUUUUUGAGAAAUGCUAUUGAGCAAAUAAUUCGAUUUUCUGCCAAAAUAAACACAGUGCAAUAAAUAACGGUGAACAGUAUACUUAAGUAUGUAUUGUAAUCUUGUGAAUGUUUAAAUCAUAACUAUGUACCUAGUAGGGCCAAUUGAAAUGACCAACGAUUUCCGUGCCCCCAAAAAAUUAGUAGGAAUUAGGUUAGACAGUUGUACUAUUUUUUAUUGAAAUCCCCCCUGUCGAUCAGAAACCAUGUUCCGAAUUUUUUUGUGACCCAAGGUGCCAAAGUGACAGAUCGGCCAAACCGACGUGUUGCAAUUUUUGAGCAACAUUUUGGUAAACUAAAAAAUCCGGCAUUUUUUAAUUGCUCAAUAAAAAUCGGAACUGAACGCAUGAUGGUCGACCGUAUCACAAAAUGAUCCACUGACACUAGCAGUGACGACUGCCGAAAAAUAAGGGGAAGGAGACGAUCAGAAAGGUCACCAAAAUUCACGAAGGCGCAAAAAAAUGGAUUCGUCGAAAUUUAUGCCGAGCCCUAAGAAAAUUUCCCUCACAAAUGAACGGAUGAAGUAAAAGUAAGUCCAAAGCCCUUAAAUUAAACCUUGGACUUUUGUCUACAAGAUAUGAGGAGAAACACUUCCUAACUUCAUGCCAAGUAAAAGCAGACCCAUCAGAACCCGGGCGCUUAUCAUGCGCUACGCGCUUGAAAAAUGGAAACGAAUAUUUUUAACACAUGAGCCUACCUUUAUGGGUGAAACCAAAUAAAAUAGCAGAGAUACAGUUUCUAAACCCUACUAGUCUGGACUAAUCGUAAAAAUUUCAAUACUGUUAAUCGGACCCACCAUUCCGGUUCUAUGAUUUUUUUAUUGGGCGUAAGUUGGAUUUGGUCGAAAACGUGAUUUUUCUUCUUUUGUGGUGAAAUUUCGUGUCAAAAAAUAUUUUUUUGAAGUUAUCGAGCGAAUUGUGGAACCACUGAAUCACUACCAAAUUAAAAGUACCCAUUAGGCAUUCAAUAAGAGCUCAGGUCCUGUUCAUGAGACCAAAAUAUUUAUUGGGUGGUUGAAAUGCUAAAUUCCUGGCUUCAUUUCGGACCAAGGAUAAAAUUCACUGUCGCCGAACGUCAACAUGCUGGAAUACGAUAUAUCGUUCAAACUGAAGCUAGAUACAUAAGCUAAACGCUACACAAGUUUGGAACCCUUAAAAAAAUCUAUAGCCUAGAACUGAGACCAAUAUCCCGAGGAAUGAGUGCGUACCGCGGGUUAGAUGAAGAUACCGGGAAGAUGAAGAUUUCGGGCUGGUGUCGCUUCAAAAGGAGAAAAUGUUGAAAGCCGGUUGGUCUAUCUUGAAGAGAAUUUAAUGGGCUUUCUCAUGAUAUCGUUAGUCUUUCAAAAUUCCCUAAACUGGGUUCGCUACAUUAAUUUAUGUAUUGGUCAUAACACUUGGCCCUACCAGGUACAUACCUAUAAAUGGUCGGUUCACGAAAAAUGUCAGUUUUCAUGUGGUGACAAUUCGCCACAUAUCCACAAAUAUGUAUGUAUGUACGUAGUUUCCACCAUUUGUAUGUAAACUCAAAAAUCUGCAAUGUCCUCCAAAUAUGUAAAUCUCUAUGUAGAGGGUGUUCCGGAAGUAAUGCAACUUUGGUCAAAUGCACAUAUAAACUCAACGAAUGAAUUUUUUAAAGCGAAAUUUUGGUCAGAAAGGGACAAAGGUUAAAGCUAAUUAAGUUUUGCUUCCAAUGGUCCGUACACCCCUUCCGCCAAAUUUGGAGACGUUUUUGUUGGGCGCUCACAAUUAGUGCUUCGCCACUGUUUUUGGUCACCUUUUUUGAGAUUUUUGACCACAUGUGUUGAAAUAAGUUCAAAUUUUUGACUGAAGUUUUUCGAUUACAAUAUUUUU